GCCCAGGCAGAAGAAGGAGCUCCUACUCCUUUGGAUUUCUCCUUCAUUUCUUAAUCCGAGGCUCCCCGACCGAGGAUCUGGUUCAAUACCGACACGUAUAACUCCACACUCAAGCCAUUUUAAAGCCAAUGCAGAUUUGGAAAUCUUUUUGUGGAUUUGGCAUUAAUUUUAUGACUAAUAAUUUGUUUUUAACUUUUAUUUUUCCUUUUAUUGGCCAUGAAAAUUGAAAACUCUGCUGUUUUUCUGUUUAUUUUUGUGUAAGUGUGUAAACCCACUUUAUUUUCUCUUGCCAAACAAUGAAAGAAAACUGUAAAUGGUCUGACAGUAUACAAUUAAUAUGAGGGAAUGGGCAUUGAUCAAACACAUCCACACACAAUUCAUUAGAGGAAAAGAGAUGGUGACGUUGUUGUCUCCAUUGAUGAGAAGGGAAUGGGGUCCUCGACACAACCACGUGGACCAGAUCUCUUCGACUUGUACUGUGGCACAUAACCUGUUCGACAAUAAUGCUGUGAGAGGUGAAAAACGUGGACUACUUGUGUUGGUACUUUGUAAAAUCUUGUAAUAUAAAGAGACAAUGUUGAUACUUGUUGUAGUAGGCCAAGCUUUGCCUUCUUGCAACAAUUGGAGAGAGAACCUUCAUCGACUCCACAGCAAAAAAGGGUCAGUUUUUCUGCCCUUUGAACCAGCUGAAGAGCCAGUUCUAUACCACAAAUCUCCGAGUUGUGUGCGCUCUGAUUUCCAGCUGCAAUAAGAAAGUCCAACUUGUCAAUAAAGCAUGAGUCAGCCUAAAAUUAAGCGUCGCGUGGGCAAAUAUGAGGUUGGAAGAACAAUUGGCGAGGGAACAUUUGCAAAAGUGAAGUUUGCACGAAAUUCUGAGACGGGGGAGCCUGUGGCUAUUAAAAUUCUUUCCAAAGAGAAGGUUCUCAAACACAAGAUGGCGGAACAGAUCAAGCGAGAAGUUGCAACAAUGAAGCUGAUAAAGCAUCCGCAUGUUGUUCGAUUGUAUGAGGUGAUGGGAAGCAAGACAAAGAUAUUUAUUGUUUUGGAGUUUGUUACUGGGAGAGAGCUCUUUGACAAAAUUGUAAACCAUGGCCGGAUGAGAGAAGAUGAAGCUAGGAGAUACUUCCAGCAGCUUAUAAGUACGGUUGAUUAUUGCCAUAGCAGGGGUGUCUAUCACAGAGACCUGAAGCCAGAAAAUCUGCUGUUGGAUGCUUAUGGAGACCUAAAAGUUUCAGAUUUUGGAUUGAGUGCACUUUCCCAGCAAGUCAGGGAUGACGGUCUGCUUCACACCACCUGCGGUACUCCAAAUUAUGUUGCUCCUGAGGUCCUUAAUGAUAGAGGCUAUGAUGGGGCAACUGCCGACUUGUGGUCGUGUGGAGUGAUACUCUUUGUACUGCUUGCAGGGUAUUUGCCUUUUGAUGAUUCUAAUCUCAUGAACCUAUAUAAGAAAAUUUCAGCUGCAGACUUCACUUGCCCCCCUUGGUUUUCUUUCGGCGCCAUGAAAUUAAUCACUCGAAUUUUGGAUCCCAACCCUAUGACUCGAAUAACCAUUCCUGAAAUUUUAGAAGAUGAAUGGUUCAAGAAAGGUUAUAAACCCCCAGUGUUCGUAGAGAAGGAAGAUACAAAUUUGGAUGAUGUUGAAGCUGUCUUUGAGGAUUCAGAAGAACACCAAGUCGCGGAGAAGAAAGAGGAACAGCCUACAGCUAUGAAUGCGUUUGAGCUAAUUUCUAUGUCUAAAGGGCUAAACCUUGGGAAUCUAUUUGAUGAGCAGGCUUUCAAGAGAGAAACAAGGUUCACUUCUAAAUACCCGCCCAAUGAGAUAAUAAAUAAGAUCGAGGAAGCGGCAAAGCCCCUUGGCUUUGAUGUUCACAAAAAAAAUUACAAGAUGAGGCUUGAAAAUAUGAAAGCUGGGAGAAAGGGAAACCUUAAUAUUGCGACAGAGAUAUUUCAAGUGGCUCCAUCUCUUCAUAUGGUCAAAGUGAUAAAAGCAAAAGGUGAUACUUUGGAGUUCCAUAAGUUUUAUAAAAACCUUUCGACCUCCCUCGACAAUGUUGUUUGGAAAACCGAGGAGGACAUGCAAGAUGCAACGUGAAAACACUGCCGAUUUUGAGGGGUGAUUGAUUAGCUGGAUCUUCUGGUUUCUAUGUUGCCAAUCGUUUUCCAUUGUGUUUUAUAUGUUCAUUCUUUUUGAUCAACUUAUCUAGCAAACUCUUUUGUGUUCUUUCCAUCUUCAUUUUUAUUAGGUAGACAUAGAGAGCUUGUAAAAUUUUCUGCUCAAUUUUUUCACUCCUAAGAUCAUGAGGCACACCUGAUUGUAUGACAAGAAGAAAGAAAAUCUUGUUUUCCUUGGAUUUUCUUCUUUCUGAUUUGUUUCUCAUCAGGGAACAGUGUUUUGUACCCUUUUAUCAGUCCUUGUGUUGAACUAGAAUUAAAUGAGGGAUUUUUGUCUUG